ACAGGCAGUUGUUGCAUCCACUAUUCUGGUUUAGCGUUUUCAUUUGACGGGAUUCCUUUGUAGCGUGACUAACAUUAAUUGUAUUUUGUAUAAGAUUUAUUAUUCUUUUCUUUGGAGAGAUUACGUGUCUCCUCUUUGUGGCGCCUAAUUCCCUUCCCGUAGCCUAGUUUCUUCACCUUUUGGACAAGGUGUCGAUAUUUUUGCACUAGUGUUUACAUCCUUCCCCUCCUUAUCUCCAGAAUUUAUUGACACCUUUGUCUGAAUUGUUUACGAAGCUUAUAAAAGCAGACACAGUCCGGGCGGGAGAGGAGAAGGUUUCCAGCCACACCGACUAGUAACAACUGCCAAAAUUCCUAAAAUGAGAGAAUGUAUAUCCAUACACAUCGGGCAGGCGGGGGUGCAGAUGGGCAAUGCAUGCUGGGAGCUGUAUUGCCUAGAACAUGGAAUUCACCCUGAUGGGCAGAUGCCCUCAGAUAAGACAAUAGGUUACGGAGAUGAUAGUUUCAACACAUUCUUCAGUGAAACAGGCACAGGGAAGCAUGUGCCUAGGGCCGUGUUUGUGGACCUAGAGCCUACAGUGGUUGAUGAAGUGAGAACUGGAACCUAUAGACAUUUAUUCCACCCAGAACAACUCAUCACAGGGAAGGAAGAUGCUGCCAACAACUACGCCCGUGGACAUUACACCAUUGGAAAGGAGUGCAUAGACCUGACGCUUGAUCGCAUUCGCAAGAUGUCAGAUCAGUGUAAUGGACUCCAAGGUUUUCUUAUCUUCCAUUCAUUUGGUGGUGGGACUGGUUCUGGGUUCGCAUCCCUCCUAAUGGAGAGGCUCUCGGUGGAUUUUCCCAAGAAAAGCAAACUCACCUUUUCCAUCUACCCAGCCCCACAGGUUUCAACCGCAGUUGUUGAACCUUACAAUGCUAUACUAUAUACACACCCAACUUUGGAGCACUGCGAAGUUGCCUUCAUUGUUGAUAAUCAAGCCAUAUAUGAAAUCUGCAGAAGGAACCUCAGCAUUGAUCGGCCAACAUACACGAACCUCAACAGGCUUAUUGGACAGAUUGUAUCAAGCAUCACAGCGUCCUUGAGGUUUGAUGGAGCUCUGAAUGUAGAUCUGACUGAAUUUCAGACUAACUUGGUGCCAUAUCCUCGCAUCCAUUUCCCUCUGGCCACUUAUGCCCCUGUGUUGUCAGCAGAGAAGGUUGGCCACGAGCAAGUGACAGUUGCUGAGAUAACCAAGGCCUGCUUUGAACCACAGAACCAGAUGGUGAACUGCGAUCCACGCAAGGGGAAGUACAUGGCAGUCUGCAUGCUCUACCGUGGUGAUGUGGUGCCCAAAGAUGUUAACUCGGCCAUCUCCAUGAUCAAGAAGGAGAAAACCAUCCAGUUUGUUGAGUGGUGCCCCACAGGUUUCAAGGUUGGUAUCAAUUAUCAACCACCAACAGUGGUUCCUGGUGGAGACCUGGCAAAGGUAGAGCGAGCAGUCUGUUGCUUGUGCAACACCACAGCCAUCAUGGAUGCUUGGAUGCGAAUAGACCAUAAAUUUGAUCUGAUGUUUGCAAAGAGAGCUUUUGUUCACUGGUACGUUGGCGAAGGCAUGGAAGAAGGUGAAUUUUCAGAAGCCCGGGAAGAUCUUGCAGCUCUGGAACUGGAUUACCAGGAAGUGCAGGAAGAUGCGGCUUCUGAUGAAGACAACGAAGAGUACUGAAAAUGAUGAUAAUGUUAGAUGUGAUGACCGGUGUUGCACGUUGUCAAGUUGUAUCAAGCAACAUGAGCACAUAGAAGUACAUUUUUAUUCCUCUGUUUGAAGAAAUACACAAGAACCUUGGUUUGCACAUUCAUUUUGACAUUUACACUCACCGACAAUGCAUCACGUGUUACCAACUGAUACAGUUUUAUCACCAGAGCCUGUAAUAUUCCACAAGAUAGACGUUGGUAGUCAUCACAGAUAUGUGUCAACAUUUUUAACAUGAGCGUUUGAAUGUUGUACCUGAACAUCAUGUUGUGUUCUUUUGUAUAUAAUGUACUGAGAGCUCAGCACUGCAUUCUAAACAUCUGACACCAGAAAGAAAUAUGUAAUACAGGUUUCAGGAGGUUCUUCUGGAUAAGCAUUUUCGGGAAAAUGAUAACAGACCUGUUGGCAGAGCCUACAGUGCGCUGUUGGCACACUGUGUUAACUGUGAUCUCUUGCGGCAUCACAACGAUGUUAUUGUUAAGUAUAGAUAUUGUACUGUACUAUGCAGCCAUUGGUUGUUCAUAACUCUGUAGACAUCAGAUACAAUGUCUUGUCAUCAUUUAGCUACAUGUUUCGCCCUUUACAAGGUCAUCAUCAGGUCAUUAUGUACAAGCAUCGGUAGUGUAAGCCAGUACAGUGCAUACACUUCAUAAAGAGCUUGCAGCAUCCAGUCCUUGGGUGAGGAGGAGGAGGAGGGGUGGUGGGAAGAAAGGAGGUGGAAGAGGAGGAGAUGAUAUAAUUUAUUACAGAAAUUUAUGUUCAGUAAUUAUGAGUCUAGGAACAACUGGAAAAGACGUUACGCAGAAGGAAAACCAUGGGGGACACUGAGAAGGAGGGGCUUUGGGAAGACAGAGAGGUGAAGAGCCUUAAAAAGAAGAAAUGUCAAAAGAAGAAGAAGAAGAAGUAUCAUCAGUAUUGAGUCUGAGCUGAAAACUUGCAUUGAUGUUACUGUGUUCAAAUUCAGUUUGUAAAACAAAUGUAAAUAGAAAUGGCAAAAUGAACAUGAAACCCCUUUUAUGUUUCAUAAAACAUUGAAAUGUGAACGUAAUUAAUGAUAUUGUAAUAAUGUCACUCCAGUUAACACUGACAAGAGACUAAACAAGACUGCAAAAUAUGUAUUCUAUAAUGUAGUGCACAGUUGUCAUUAACACUGUUUUCUCUGUAGAUUAUGUAAAGAUUUGUCAGAUGGAAUUUUACCACAAUUUGAUCAAUAGUUCAUGAUACACAUAAAAAAGUAUAUUUCUGGCUUUAAACAGGAGUCAAAGACUUUUUGAAAAUGUACUAGCCAAACAUUUUGGUUGUGAAAAAACCUGGAUCAGUAUUAUUUCAAGGUGCCUUGCUGUGGUUGUCACCUUCAAACAGUGCACAAGAUUCAUUUCUUUCUGUUGUACAGUGUGCUUGAAAUACCCAAAGGCCAGGCACAAGAUAAUGGGAGAAAAAAUUUGAAUUUGAAAGAGACAUUUAUUAUUACAAUGUAUUGAAUUUGGUUGAUCUUCACUUCUUCGGAUGUGGCCCUCUAUCAACAAGUGACCAAGUAAGAUUGUCAAGCCAUAAAUUAAUCACCACCCAAAAUUUUUUUGGUUGCCAGAGGUGCUGGGGCCACUGUACAUUUCAAUCCACAGCCUAAAGUAAAGUGGUAUUUCUUGGAGAUCAGUAUAGCUUAAAAUCAGAAUUUCUAAACAACUUUUAGUGAAGGUCUUGAAUGCUAAAUGCUUAUGUGUUGCUUAAUUCAGAAGUGGUGAGACAUGACUUCUACUUAAGGAGCUCUUUGCUUUGUAAAGAGUGCCUAAUAAUUCUAUGAGAAGAAAGUAUGAAAGCAGAUGCAUGCUACCAAAAAGGUUCUCAAAAUGGGCGUCUGAUUCAUGACUGACCUUUGCACCUUACUUUUAUGCACAUUCCGUCCAGUAUUGUCAGUAUUGGUACUUAGAGUUCUGUGAGAAUGCACUGGAGGGGAGAUAAGUCUCCAAGCCAGGGAUAUGUAUGCUGGUGCCACGUCCAAAUGCAGGGUGUCUAUCAUUAUAAUUAUGUUGUUACUCAGAGCACAUGAAAAGUCCAGUUAAGAAAUCCAAAUCUUCUGAAAAAUCAACCCAAAAAAUGUUGUGACGAGCUUAUAAAGUUCAGUGUUUGUACCAUGAAAGGCCUCAUUAACAUUGAACAGAUAUUUAACCUCUUAACAUAAGUUUUUGGAGAAUAUAAUGGCCAAUUUUUGCAGAGGCCUCUGUGACACUAGGGCCAUAGUAUCUUUGGCAACAGAAGGGCAUAAACAUUGUCGUUAAGAAGCCACCAAAAGAAAAAAGUCCAUGGGUUCAAUGAGAUCUGGUGAUCCUGGUGGCCGUUGCUCCAAAGACAUUGACCUUGGGACUGUCUGUUUCAUGUUCAUGUGACCCAUGGUAGUUGUCACUCUCCGUAUCGCCAGCUUGUGCCAGUUCACUUGCCCUAGCAGUUGAAAUGUUGUCUCAUUACUGAGAACCAUUUUGCAAUACUUUCAAAUAUAAAUCUACCUAACAGUCACAACGGACUGCAACCUAGGUGCCAAAUUUAAGCUUUGAACUGAUACUUGUUUCAACUGAACAAGGCAGGAUAGUUCAGUCAGUAUAAUGAUGGGCUACAGACUGGACAGCUGAGGUUUGUUUCCUGGCAGGUGCAAAAGGUCUUCUUUUCUCCACAGCAUCCAGACUGGUUACUAAGGCCCACUCAGCCUACUGUCCAGUGGGUACCAGGACCUCUUUCCCUAGGAGUAAAGUGGCUGAAGCAUGAAAGGGACCACUCACCUCCAUCUAGUGCUGAGGUCAAUGGUGGACCUACACUUCCACUGCCCCAUAUGUCUGCAUGGCAUAGUGCUUAGUACAAUUAUACUUUUUUUUUUUAAUCCCUGUAACAGGCCAUGAAGGGCUAUAAGGUU